UGCCACAUGAAUUCAUUUGAAAUCUUCUCUUCUGAACUUAACCGCAAUGGGUUUUGCCUUCAUUUUGUGUCGUCUGAUUGUCAUCAUUAAUUAUGGGGUUGCUUUCAAAUUGUUUUCCACGCACUUAUCUCACUUUAUUAGCAGAGAGAACCCUUUUUCUGGUUUUCUUCGCGGUAUCAGAGCGGACUGUGGACUGUGGAAGGCCAUGGUGGCGCGUUUUGCUAUUCGCUGAAGAAAGGGGGGUUUUCUUCUGUUUUUUUAAUUUCUUUUUUUAUACUCUGCUUUAGAAGGGGUUGAAGAAGAAGAAGAAGAAGAAGAAGAAGAAGACGAUAUAUUGGUUCGAUUGGUUUGGUUGUGUGCAAUUUUGUUAUGAAUAAUUUCUGAAAUCUGGGUUCGAAUAAGGGAGAUGAUUUGUGGGUAUGGAUGCCGUUCCACUUUGGGGCUUUCUUUUUUCGUGUUGAAGCUAGAAUGAAGCCAAACAACUUGGAAUCUGUCCGAUACUGAGUGACUUUAAAGGAAUUCUUGGGGUUUGUAGAAUCUUAUGAAUGGGAACUGAUAGUACCAAAAAAGUGGAGGCAGUUUCAAAUAUAUAUUCCUUUAAGGUUCAUUGUAGAAUGUGCACCGAGUUAAUGAAGUUGGUCGACCGGGUGUUAGAGAUAUUACCAGAGAUUGAAGCAGCUCGUCCUGGAAGCCCGGAAGGAAGAGAGGCGCUGUGUAAUUUAAACAUUGGAAUGAAGAAAGCAGAGCUAGUUCUUCAGUAUUGUCGAGACUCGAGUAAACUUUAUCUGGCAUUAACUGGAGAUAGGAUUAUCUCUAGAUGUCAUAGAGUGAAGAGUUUGUUGGAGCACAAUUUGCGUAAAAUUAAAUACAUGGUUCCUGUGGCAUUGGCUCGGAAGAUCUCUCAAAUAGCAGAUGAUCUUAAGAUUGCGAAAUUCAUCCUUGACUCAUCUGAAGAAGAGGUUUGGAAGGCUAUGCAACAGUUGUUGAAGCUCGGUCCAUCGUCUCCAGAUGCUCCUGAAAUUUCUGAAAUCAAGGCUCUGAAAAUUGCUGCUUUGAGGCUUAAUAUUUUAUCCUAUAAGGAAAUGUUGUUCGAGAGACGAUCAAUCAGAAAACUAUUAGAUGAUGUUGGUCAUGGUAAUCCCCGGAAAAGGAAGAUUUUGACAUACCUUUUCUAUCGUUUGAAGAAGUAUGGGAAGCUGAUACUGCAAGAAAUCUCGGAAGCCCGAGCGGAUAUCUCUAGUAGCAAUGGAUAUGGGGAAAUGGAGGGUAAUGUGAGACAAGGGAAUGAUACUCCCCAAGCUGAUAUGAUACUCAAUAGAGCCAUUCCCCCUGAGGAAUUCAAGUGCCCCAUAUCAUUGAGAUUGAUGUAUGAUCCUGUCGUAGUUGAAUCCAAAGUGACAUAUGAAAAGGUACGGAUUGAAAAAUGGUUUAAGGAGGGUCAUGAUACAUGCCCACUAACCAAAAUGAAACUGACCAAUUUUUCAAUGACUCCUAAUGUUGAUAUGAAGAAAUUAAUUCAUAAAUGGUGCAUAAAGUUUAGAGUCACAAUUCCCGACCCAAGUGUGGAACCAGAAUGCCCCGAGGUUUGGGAGAAUUCCAUUGCUAGCUUUGGAAGUUCGAUGAACGAAAUUCGUCUACCCAUCGACUUCAGUGAUAUCUCGUUUGGUGGUCUUCAUAAUAGUUAUUAUCCAGAUUCAUUGAGGCUCAAUGAAUUGGGUAUCAAGUCUAGGCAGAGUAAAGAUGAUGAUCUGGGUAGGUUUCAAUCUGAUUCAAAUGCUGAGGAAACAAACUUGGAGUUUCCUUCUACCAUGAGUGAGCUUUCGUGGGAAUCAAAAAGCAAGGUUAUUAAGGAUAUGAACGACGUCAUUAACAAAAACAGAUUUGGUCCUAUCUUAUCUGAAACUGUCAUGGAUCAACUUGCCUUGUUUAUAAAGGAUGCAUUUGAUCUUCAGGAUUCUGAAGCUCAGAAAAAUGGAUCUGAGCUGUUUCUUUCACUUGUGAGAAAAAGCAGGUCGAACAGCCUGAGUGUUCCCGAGAAGAUUCUGACAACAUUGGCUAGUUUACUCAAUUCAGAAGUGACUGAUGAAGUUCUUGCCAUUUUAGAAGCAUUAUCUGGCCACCAUAAAUGCGGUUCUAAGUUCAUUACGUCUGGUGUUCUCGCUUCAAUGGUUGAGUACCUCGACUUAGAGAUCAAAGCCUUGCAAGAAUUUGCUGUCAAAACUUUUGCUAACUUGUCCUCAAACAGCCACAUCCGCUCCGACAUCGUAUCAUUGGGGUGCAUCCCAAAACUAGUUUCCUUGCUAAAUGAUGAGGAUGAUCUCUCAGAGAAAUGUAUGUUUAUUCUGCAAAAUUUGUGCCAAACUGAAGAAGGAAAGAUUUAUAUUGUUGAAACUAAUGGCUGCAUUGCCUCCAUUGUUCGACGUCUUGAAAUGGGCAAGCUCGAAAACCAGGAGCACGCAAUCACUAUUCUCCUUUCGCUAUGCUCUCAACGAGUUGAGUAUUGUGAGUUAGUAAUGGCAGAAGGUGUUUUCCCUCUUCUUUGGAAGAUCUCCAACAAUGGGAGUGAGAAAGGAAAAGCGGGCGCCUUUGAAUUGCACCGACUUCUUAAGGACGUUCAGGAUAAAGAGCAGCAAGAAUCUUAUGUUUCUGAUACUUCAUCUUCUAACAAGCCUGCCUGCAACUCCAAGCAAAGGAAGGUGAGCAAGAAGCCUGGAUUUCUUGGAAUGAUCUUCACAAAGCACCGACCUCCAAAAGACGUUCAGGAUAAUGAGCUGCAAGAAUCUUAUGUUUCUGAUCCUUCAUUCUCUAACAAGCCUGCCUGCAACUCCAAGCAAAGGAAGGUGAGCAAGAAGCCUGGAUUUCUUGGAAUGAUCUUCACAAAGCACCGACCUCCAAAAGACGUUCAGGAUAAUGAGCAGCAAGAAUCUUAUGUUUCUGAUCCUUCAUUCUCUAACAAGCCUGCCUGCAACUCCAAGCAAAGGAAGGUGAGCAAGAAGCCUGGAUUUCUUGGAAUGAUCUUCACAAAGCACCGACCUCCAAAAGACGUUCAGGAUAAUGAGCAGCAAGAAUCUUAUGUUUCUGAUCCUUCAUUCUCUAACAAGCCUGCCUGCAACUCCAAGCAAAGGAAGCCGAGCAAGAAGCCUGGAUUUCUUGGAAUGAUGUUCAAAAAGCAUCGACUUACAAAAGACGUUCAGGACAACGAAGAGCAAGAUUCUUAUGUUUCUGAUCCUUCAUUCUCGAACAACCCUGCCUGCAGCUCUAAGCAAAGGAAGCCAAGCAAGAUGUCUGGAUUUCUUGGAUUGAUCUUCCCAAAGCGCAGCCUCUUAAAGAAGGAGUGAGUGUUGUGUUUCUUACCUUGCCGAGGAGGCUGUGUAAAGCUGCAUUUGGAAUUUCUCUGCAAGUAGCUAUGAUGCAAACAAAUUUUCUGGUAAAGGGUUGAUAUUAUAUUUAUAUGCAAGUGUCGUCUAUAAUCAAUCAGGUCUGUACAUUUUUUUGUCCUCUUUAGGGUCUUCUUCAGAUACUUGUUUGCAGCAAGUAGCUUUUAGCCGCUUAUUCUUUGGCAGUGUAUUGAAGUUUACUGAUAAUGCCACUUGAUUUAGGCCAAGGCUUUGUUGUGUUUAAUUUUAGUGUAAAUAUUCUUUGUACAGUUUUCGGUUGUCUCGAUUAAAGUUCUGAACUUUUAUAAGUCUAUC